AUGACUAAUAUUGUUGAAACAUAUGAUGGUUAUAAAGAACUUACUUCCUAUCUUAGAGAAUUUCAAAACAGAACAUAUUAUGAUUUCCUUCUUCGUUAUAAAAAAAAGAUUGUUGAUUCGAUAUUGUCUUCUUCAAUAAUAACUUUUUGGCAGAAUUAUGAUAAUUUUUGGGGAGGUUGUUUUCUGAAAGAGGCGGACAAACUAGAUAAGAAGUUAAAAGAAAAGGUUAAUGAAGAACAGUUACGAUAUAAACCUGGUUUAGAAAAAUAUUGGAAUAAUGUAAUUCAAGAAUGCAAUAUUAGAAAACAUAUAUUACAAAUUCUUUUGGUUGUAAGAAAUAGAAUAAAAAUAGCUAAUGAUGAACUUUCAAAAAUUACGAUUUAUACCUCAGAAGAAAUGGAGUUUUUAAAUAAUAACGUGGCAUAUCAAAAUAAACAACUAUUACAUGAUGAUAAUAUAGAAAUUUUACACGAUCUUAUUUAUGAAGAUAAUAAUAUGGAAGCUGUAGAGUACUAUAAUGAUAAUCCGGGUGAUAUUAAUAAUGAUAGUGGUCAAAACCGAAUCAGAAAGAAAAGAACACCAUUGCUACAAGAUUUAAAUAAUGAUAAUAAUCAAUUUGCUUCUGGUUCAAAUUCAACUACAAAUAAUGGCACAAGAACUUUAAUAAAUAAAAGACGAUCAAAUAAUAUUAAUUACGAAGAUAAUAAUGACCUAUAUGUUGUAGCAAUUCAUAAUACUUCCAGUUCAAAUUCAACAGUUAAUGAAAUUUCAACAAAUCAAGUACAACCACGAAAUUAUGAUGAUGAUGACCUAUAUGUCGUAGCAACUCAUCAAAAUGAACAACAAUUAUUACAUGACACUAGUAAUAAUUUGAAAACAUUAUUAAAUAAUCAAUCUGCUUCCGAUUUAAAUUUAACUGCAAAUGCUAUCACAAGACCAAACAAUGAUGAUGAUGAUGACCUAUAUGUUAUAGCAACCCAUCAAAAUAAACAAUUAUUAUUACAUGAUGCUAAUAAUCUGGAAACAUUAUUAAAUAAUCAAUCUAUUUCCGAUUUAAAUUUAACUGCAAAUGCCAAUGAACAACUAUUAUUUCGUGACGCUAAUAAUCUGGAAACAUUAUUAAAUAAUCAAUUUAUUUCUGAUUUAAAUUUAACUGCAAAUGCUAUCACAAGACCAAAUAAUGAAGAUGAAGAUGAAGACCUAUAUAUCAUAGCAACCCAUCAAAAUGAAAAAAAAUUAUUACGUGACACUAAUAAUAAUUUGGAAACAUUAUUAGAUAAUCAAUCUGUUUCCGGUUCAAAUUUAAUUACAAAUACUAUCACAGGACCAAAUAAUAACAACGAUGAUGGCCUAUAUGUCAUAGCAACCCAUCAGAAUGAGCAAUUACCACAUAACGCCAGUAAUAAUAACCUGGAAACAUUAUUAGGCGCUUCUGCAAAUCAAAAUGAACAACAAUUAUCGUAUAGCAUUAGUUAUGAUGAUAAUAAUAAUGCGGAGGUUGUAGAAACUUUACAAAAUCAUAAAGGCAGUUCAAAUAAAUUAAUAAUGAUAAUGGUCGAAAAAGAAUCAGGAGAAAAAGAACACUGCCACCAUCAAGAGAACACAACUUACACAGCAAAAGGCCCAAAUACAGCCUACGCAACAAAAGGUCUGAAUAAACCUGCUUCACCUUUUAGUGAGGAAGUUGAAUCUAUUGACCAGCAAUAG